AUGUCCACGACCAAAAAGCCCCGGAGCAAAUCCGAGCAAGCGCUCGACGCACUGAUACGACAACACCCACUACAGCGGCUCCAGAGCCCCUCGCGCACCAUCUCGGCGAUCGUGCACACGCUGGGCCUCGCAUCGUUCGCAUACAGCUUCGACUACCUAGUCAGCCACCCGAACGAGAUCAACCAGGCGUACGGCUGGCACUUCCAGUACCUGACGAUCAUCGGGCUCUCACUCGCAACGCUGACGUUCACACUGGGCAUCGCAGCGGACACGAUGCUGUCGCGGGCGCUGUUCGCGGCCAAGAACACGCUCUCCAUGUGCGCGGCGCCGAUGGAGAUCCUCAUCUCGACGCUGUACUGGGGGCUACGGGCCAUCGACCCGGCGCUCGUGGUCCCGCCGGAGCUCGAGCUGCCGCUGGCCGCGGACCUGGGCUUCCACCUCGCGCCGACGCUCUUCCUGCUCGCCGACCUGCUGCUGUUGAGCCCGCCCUGGACAAUUGCCGCGCUGCCCGCCACGCUCCUGUCGACCGUCAUUGCGUUCCUCUAUUGGUUCUGGAUCGAGUGGUGCUUUACCCGCAAUGGGUUUUACCCGUAUCCCCUCUUUGAGCUGCUUGGAUAUGAGCAGCGCUUGGCCCUGUUUGCCGGCUGUGCUGUCGUCAUGGCUGCUAUCACCGUCGCUGUCAAGUGGGUUUAUGGACGCGUUAAUGGUGUGGGGAGCGAGAGGCCGGGCAAGGUGAAUUGA